ACCACUCAUCCCCAAAUCUGAAACUACUUAUCAACCUACGUACAUUCCGACCCACCCACCCACACACACACAAACACAAAAACACGCACAACUGUGUGUGUCUGUGUACAUAUAUAUACACAUUCAGAGAAAGACAGUCAAAGGAGACAUAAUACAAAGCUUUACCCCAUAUAUACAUAUAUGUGUGUGUGGAAAGAAAAUAUCUGAGUGGUGGGAAGACAGACAGCGCAUGUAUAUAGAAACAGUAAAAACGAGACAGGUAUAUAAUUGAAACUCAUCAUUUGAUGAUAUAUAUAUAGCUUUCUUGAAGAUAUAUGUAUAUAUGUAAGAGAUUAAGGGUUUGUUUGUUGGGACAAAAAAAAAAGGAAAUCAAUUAGAAGAAAUUAAAUGGGGAGAGGAAGAGUUCAGCUGAAGAGAAUCGAGAACAAGAUCAAUCGGCAGGUGACAUUUUCGAAGAGGCGAUCAGGGCUUCUCAAGAAAGCUCAUGAGAUCUCAGUGCUCUGCGAUGCCGAUGUGGGCUUGAUUGUCUUCUCUACCAAAGGAAAGCUCUUUGAAUAUGCUACUGAUUCUUGCAUGGAAAGGAUCCUGGAACGAUAUGAAAGAUAUUCAUAUGCUGAAAGGCAGCUGAAAGAGCCAGAACUUGAAUCACCAGUAAGCUGGACUUUGGAACAUGCAAAGCUUAAGGCUAGAAUAGAGGUUUUGCAGAAAAAUCAAAGGCAUUAUAUGGGAGAAGAGCUGGAUAACUUAAGCAUGAAGGAGCUGCACAACUUGGAACAUCAACUUGAUGUUUCCCUCAAACAUAUUCGGACUCGCAAGAACCAAAUCAUGAACGAAUCAAUUUCCGAGCUUCAGAAAAAGGACAAGGCAUUGCAGGAGCAGAACAACUUGCUUGCAAAAAAGAUCAAAGAGAGGGAAAAAGAAUCAGCUCGAACCACUACAUGGGAACAACAAAACCAUGAUCUCAACUCUUCCCAUUUCGGUCUACCACAGCAGAACCAGGACUUGAACACUUCUUGUUUCGAUGUAGCACAGCCUUUGAGCUCCGUGAAUGUAAGUGAAAUAUACCUUGGCCCAGGAGAGAACAACGGAGAGGUUGAAGCUACUCAACGCCAAAAUCAGUCAUCUAAUUCAGUUAUACCGCCAUGGAUGUUACAUGGAUAAAAAUAGAGGGAUUUGGCCAUUGUCUUAUUUGCUGCACGGAGUCCUAAUUUUAUCUGCUGCAAUGUCGAUAGUCGAUAAUCUGUAUGCUGCAUCUGAGGAAGAUGUAACAAGAAGCUGAAACUAUCUAAAGUGAAGGGAAGAAAAAAGAAAAAGAAAAUAGAGCAAAAAUCUGUAGUAUAGUUGCCUAGUUAUCUUUAUGAAUAAGAGGAAAGUGAAGGAAUUCCGUGCUGUUAAUCUAGCCUUAUUACCAUUAACUAAAGAGGGAAUUCAAAUCUGUGUAUUGUAAGAUUCUACUAGUUUCUGUACGGACAUAUAUACAUAUAUAUAUUUAUCUAGCCCAACAAAACUAUUGUUAAAUGUCAUAAAUAUAUAAGUACUUGCAACAA